AUGCUUGCUGACGAUGUAAUUCGACCAUCCCUCAGCCCCUACGCGUCCGAAAUUGUUAUGGUGUUGAAGAAGACUGGUGAUUGGCGAAUGUGUAUCGACUUCCGUCCCCUGAAUAGAGCUACCACCGACGACAAAUAUUUCAUUGCACUCGAUUUACGCAGCGGUUACUGGCAAAUUCCAAUGUCCGAAUCCUCCAUUGAAUACGCCGCAUUUCGCACCGCCACUGGACCAUACGAAUUCAAGGUAAUGCCGUUUGGUCUCAAGAACGCCGAGCCACCUCCAACGAAGUAUGUAUGA